CCCCUGCAGGUCCAAGAGAGACUUGGGAGAGCUGGAUACGGGAGGGCCUAGUCUGCUGGCUGAAACAGAACUCUAUUUCGAGGAAAUCAGUCUCCAGAAAACAAAAAUGGAAGUCGAGGGAGAAAAGCCUGGUUCCUGAGCCAGUGGAGUCGGUCCUCUCGCCCCUCCCGCUCCCACGCGGGUCCCCCUCCAGCCACCGCUGCUGCCACCACCUCGGUUCCACUCAAUCGAAUUUUGCUGCAUGUCAACACUUAUUACCGGGGAAAAGGACGAUGGCGAGUCCUGCUGCUUCGCAUUACCCUGACGGUAUUUUCAAAGGCACCGGGAGAAGUGGCAGCCCAGACGGCAACCUCCGCACGUCCGGGAACCCCUUUCGUGUCCCCUCACGAGUGUCCGCACGUCCCUUGGGACACCACCACCGGAAUCGAAUCCUCCGCUGCCGCCGCGGGCCCGCCUCCCUCCGGCGUCCCCAAGCGGCAGCGCCAGGCCGGCUAGCGUCGAAGCCGGGACGCUGGGGCCGCACAGCCUCGCCGCCGGCGCCUUCCAGGGCAAAGCGCCCGCCCGGCGUCCGCGCGCACGUCGGCCCCGCACGCGCCGAGCCCGGCCCCGGCGGCGGCGUCGUGGGCGGUCGCGGCCCAGCAGGAGCGCGGCCUCCUGGCUGCGCCCGGGCCGCCGACCCGCGGCCCCCUCCCGCACCCCCGCCACUUCCCUCCUCACCCUCUCUGGGGCUUCGGUGCCUUCAUUCCCGAGCGGCCAUAUACCUUGAAUGGGUCAUUCCUGCCUGCCUCCCUAGAGCUGCCUCUCGAAGCCCCGAGGUUGAACAUUAACUAGGCGGAGCUAUAGAGUGGGGUAAAACGUUACAUAUAAAAAUGAAUCAUCUAUCCGAUCCUGGGAGAGAGGACCUAUAGAGAGCUCCGCGCCUAGAGCUGCCCCGGCUGCGUCCCCGGCCCAAUGCACAGACCCUUCUGGCAUCCACUUCCUAGGGAGCAUUGAGCCGCCCGCGGCCGAGGUCAGGUGGGGGCGGGGGCGACGGGGUUAUCGAACCCGCCGUUCUCCUCGAGUGGCCUGAUGUUUAGGCUUUCUAACGCAAUCGAAUUUCCUUUCCUUUCACGCCUGAGCAACAGAGGGACCGUGAACAUUCUUUUACAAAGCCCCAUUGCUGGCUGCAUAUCCUGGAAGGGUCAGUGAACACACUCCUUUCAUCCCAGGAAGCAUCACCCUUGGCGUUAUGACCAGCAAGGUGGUAAAUCUCAGUUCGGUUUACUAUUCGCAAUUUGGAAGCUCCUCUUCUGCCUGAAACUACCACCUGUAGACUUGGGCGGGUUGUCAAAAUUAUGUGUUCUAAAAGAAUAAAGAUACAGUUGGGUGUGAA